AUGUCGACGACAAGCUGCCGAAUGUACGAGAACCGCUUCCCUGAAGUGGAUGAACUCGUUGUAGUCAACGUCCGUCAAAUCCAAGAAAUGGGUGCUUAUGUCAAACUUCUUGAAUAUGAUAACAUUGAAGGAAUGGUUUUACUUUCUGAACUUUCCAGGCGUCGUAUUCGUUCCGUUCAAAAGCACAUCCGUGUUGGCCGUAAUGAGGUCGUCGUGGUUUUGCGUGUCGACAAAGAAAAGGGUUAUAUUGAUUUGUCCAAGCGUCGUGUCAGCCCCGAAGAUGUCAUCAAAUGCGAAGAACGUUUCAACAAAUCCAAGGCUGUCCACUCUAUCAUGCGCCAUAUCGCUGAAAAGCACAACGUCCCCUUAGAAACCAUGUAUACCUCCGUUGGUUGGCCCUUGUAUCGCAGAUAUGGCCAUGCUUACGAUGCUUUCAAGUUGGCCAUCUCGAACGCUGAACACGUAUUCGAAGGUUUGGAAGCUCCCAAGCCUGGAAUCAUCGAUGACUUGUUGGGCCAAAUUUCUCGCCGUUUGACUCCUCAACCCAUCAAGAUUCGUGCUGAUGUCGAAGUCACUUGCUUUGGCUACGACGGUAUUAACGCCAUUAAGGCUGCUUUGAAGUCUGCUGAAGAUCUUCGUACCGAGGAAGUCCCUAUCAAAGUCAAGCUUGUUGCCCCUCCAUUGUAUGUUCUCUUGACCAAUGCUUUAGACAAGUCUCUUGGUUUAAAGAAGUUGGAAGAGGCCAUUGUCAACAUAGAAAAGGUUUUAUCCACCGCUAAUGGUACCUGUAUCGUUAAGAUGAAGCCCAAGGCCGUCAGUGAGACUGAUGAACUUGAGCUUGCUGAUCUCAUGAAAAAAUUCGAAAAGGAGAAUGCUGAAAUCUCUGGUGACGAAGAGGAUGAUCAAAGCGGUUCUGAGUAA